AUGCGACAGGAGAGUGGGACAGUGUAUCUAUGCGGUAAAUGUGAAGAGCCCAUUCGUGAUCGAUUCGUCCUCAAAGUGCUCGAUCGUUCAUUCCACCCUCAGUGCUUACGGUGUGUCCAUUGUGAACAGCUUCUCUCAUCAAAAUGUUAUUUGAAAGGUGGUCAACCGUAUUGCAAGGAUCAUUUUUACAAACGAUUUGGUACCAAGUGUUCAAUGUGUGAUGAAGGAAUCUGUCCGGAUAUGGUAGUGAGGAGGGCUAAUGAGCAUGUUUAUCACGUUUCCUGUUUUCAAUGUAUCAUCUGCAAACGCGAGCUUCGAACUGGUGAAGAGUUUUAUUUGAUACCAACUGACGGACGUUUGGUUUGCAAAUCUGAUUAUGAAAUGGCUAAAACCAAAGAAACAGAUAUUGACUCAAAUACAAAACGGCCGAGAACUACGAUAUCAGCCAAAAGUUUGGAAAUAUUGAAACAAGCUUAUCAAGCAAGUUCGAAACCAGCAAGGCAUAUUCGAGAACAGCUGGCUGCUGACACUGGUCUUGACAUGAGAGUUGUUCAGGUUUGGUUUCAAAAUCGCCGAGCGAAAGAAAAACGUCUAAAAAAAGACGCUGGACGUCAAUGGGGAACAUAUGGUAUAACCAAAAGCCUAGAUAGUGGUAGUGCAUCACCUAACGAUAGCAUUUGUGAAAGUCCGGUUUACGGAGCAGGAGGAUAUUUGGAUACGCCUCUAGAUGCUGACACUCUGGAUACUGAUAGGCAAUUGGAUCUUGGAUAUGGUGAAAUGGAUGGCGGUUACAGUUGUGGAAUGGAUGGAAUAUUGGCCCCAGCUAGUUCACUGCUUGGUCUUAAUUCUUCUUCAGCUAAAAAUCAACUUGAACAACAACAACAAAACCUACUCUUUAUGCAUGUGCAGUCCAGUACGAUUUCUCGUAACAACCCACAUCUCGAGCCACAAUUCCCGUGA